AAGUGGCAAACAAAAUGGAAAAAGAAAAUAGAAAAAGGACAACGAAAGAAUCUCUUACCCUUGUUGCCGUCACCCCCUUGCUUAAUCUCCUUCGCCGGCGAUCACAGGCCACCAGCGGCGAGCCUACCAAGAGCGGCAUCGGCGGCCUACAGACUUCUGCGACUCAUUUUUCGCAAACUCACCCACCAAUCUAACGUGCAGCGUGAGCACGACUUCGAACGGCUUUGCCUAGGCCAUUGCAGCGUCGUUUCUCUCCGUUUCAGAAAUAUUGGACGUUGACCCUCAUUUCGAUUGGGCUCGAGUCAGUUUUCCCAUAACCAACAAGUUCGGACGUUUUCGAACACCAGCCAGCAAGAAUCGCAGCCUUUUCGAAACCUAAUAGCUAGAUAGCUGUUUUGAUUGAUUUUGCACUGCUGUCAAGGCCAGCCAACUAAUCAUGGCUGCAAAAAUUCUUGCCCAUUUAAUUGUUUCGGGAUCUGUGGUAAUUGGGAGGGCCGUUGCUCAAGCCUACCAACAAGCCAUUCGAAAUGCUUCAAAUUCCGGUGUUGCUCAAGAAACUAUACGAAACACUGUUCGUAGAGCAAGCAAAGUGAUGACAGAGCAAGAAGCCAGGCAGAUUCUUGGCGUCACAGAAGAAAUGCCUUGGGAGGAAAUUGUGAAGAAAUAUGAUGCUUUGUUUGAAAGGAAUGCUCAAACUGGAAGCUUUUAUCUUCAGUCAAAAGUCCAUAGAGCCAAAGAACGAUUAGAAACUCUCCAUCAUAGCAAAGGUCAGGAUGGCCCUAGCUGUGUGUCCUGAAGAAUCCAUCAUUGUUUUCUGCACAUUUUUACUGAUUUUGUAUAAUUUUUGUUUUAAUUGAUGGCCAACAUGAAUGGUGAAAUCGAUGUCGUACUCUUUACUUUUACAUAUCAUUUUUGUUCUAAUACAUAAAUCAUCAUUUGUGCAAUUGCAUAUAUGACAUUGCACACAUAUCUAAAUUGAGGACUUAUUAAUGAUAUAUCUCUAUCAUCCAACAUCAAUGGAUGGUUUACAUGCUUC